UUCCCCGGCCUGUCCCAGUCCUGUACCCGGACCAGGACCCGGACCCGAACCGCCACCGAACCGGACGGAGCCGCGGAGCCGCACGGACGCGCGCACAGCUGACGCGCGCAUAACGGGGGGGGGGGGCGCACGGACCCGAGGACCCGAGGUGGACUCGUGUGUGUGUGUGCGGGCGUGCGCGUUGCAGCUGUGACCCAUGAAACAAAGAGUACAUGUUCCACUGAGUCCGUGCACGCCAGGGACCGGAGCCCCCGGAGCCGCUGCCCUUUGCUCGGCUGGGAAUCGAACCACCGACCCAUGAGAGGGGUCGAGCGGACGCGCGCUCUCCUCGCAGUCAAGCCCCGGGGAUUCAAGUGACCAUGGAUAACUUCUUCAGAGAGGGCGACCGGGUGUGGCUCCGGGAGGACGAGCAGUACCAGCCCAGCACCGUGUCCUCCUGCUCCGGGGGGGUGGUCGCCUUCGCCACAGACUACGGCCAGGUGUUCACCUACAAGCAGAAUGCGCUCAGCAGGCAGAAGGUGCAGCCCAUGCACCCCAGCAGCGUCGGGGGGGUGGAGGACAUGGCCACGCUGCAGGACCUCCACGACGGAGCCAUCAUGCACAACCUGCUCCUGCGCUACCGGCAGAGACACAUCUACACGUACAUCGGCUCCAUCCUGGCGGCGGUGAACCCGUACCAGACGCUGCCCGGGCUGUACGAGCGGCCGGCGGUGGAGCUGUACAGCCGACACCACCUCGGGGAAAUCCCCCCCCACAUCUUCGCCGUGGCCAACGAGUGCUACCGCUCGCUGUGGAGGAGGCUGCAGAACCAGUGUGUCCUGAUCAGUGGAGAAAGCGGAGCCGGGAAAACCGAAAGCACCAAACUGAUCCUGAAGUUCCUGUCGGCGAUGAGUCAGCACUCGCUGGAGCUGUCGUCCAGAGACCGGACGUCCCGGGUGGAGGAGGCGCUGCUGGAGAGCAGUCCCAUCAUGGAGGCGUUCGGAAACGCCACGACCGUCCACAACAACAACUCCAGCCGCUUCGGGAAGUUCGUGCAGCUGCAUUUCAGCCAGAAGGGAAACAUCCAGGGCGGCAGGAUCGUGGACUACCUCCUAGAGAAGAACCGUGUGGUCCGGCAGAACCCGGGCGAGAGGAACUACCACAUCUUCUACGCUCUGUUAGCAGGAACCAACAGCCAGCAGAGAGAUGCGUUCGCGUUGACCCACACCGACAGCUACCACUACCUGCGGCAGGCGAGCUGCGUCACCGACAAGACAAUCAACGACAAAGGCACUUUUCAGGAUGUUCUGAAUUCCAUGCGAACCAUGCAGUUCACGGAGGAGAACAUCGGGGAGAUCCUGCGCCUCCUGGCCGGGAUCCUUCACGCAGGGAACAUCGAGUUCAUGACGGCCGGAGGAGCACAGGUCUCCUCCAAAUCAGCUCUCAGCCGCACGUCCGACCUCCUGGGGCUGAACUCGGACCAGCUGGCCGAGGUCCUGACCCACAGGUCCAUGAUCCUCCGGGGGGAGGAGAUCUCCACGCCGCUCACCGUGGAGCAGGCGGUGGACUCCAGAGACUCCAUGGCCAUGGCCCUUUACUCCCAGUGUUUCAACUGGAUCAUCCGAAAACUCAACAGCCGCAUCAGGGGCAACGAGGACUUCAAGUCCAUCAGCAUCCUGGACAUCUUCGGCUUCGAGAACUUCGAGGUCAACCGCUUUGAGCAGUUCAACAUCAACUAUGCAAAUGAGAAGCUUCAGGAAUAUUUUAACAAGCACAUUUUCUCCCUGGAGCAACUUGAGUACAACAAGGAGGGCCUGGCCUGGGUGGACAUCAACUGGAUGGACAACGGAGAGUGUCUGGACCUGAUCGAGAAGAAACUUGGUCUCCUGGCGCUGAUGAAUGAGGAGAGUCACUUCCCCAAAGCCACAGACGACACCUUACUGGAGAAACUCCACAGCCAGCACUCGAAGAACUCUUUCUAUGUGAAGCCUCGUGUUGCUGUGCACUUCUUCGGAGUCAGACACUAUGCAGGAGAGGUGGUGUACGACGUGAGGGGGAUGCUGGAGAAGAACAGAGACACUUUCAGAGACGACAUCCUCAACCUGCUGAGGGAGAGCAGGUUGGACUUUGUCUACGAUCUGUUCGAACACGUGUUGAGUCGAAACAAACAGGACACGCUGAAGAGCAGCUGCAAGCGCCGCCGGCCCACGGUCAGCUCCCAGUUCAAGAAUUCUUUGCACUCCCUGAUGGCCACACUCUGCACCUCCAACCCGUACUUCAUACGCUGCAUCAAACCAAAUACACGCAAGAUGCCUGAGCACUUCGACCAGACCGUGGUUCUGAACCAGCUCAGAUACUCGGGCAUGUUGGAGACGGUGAAGAUCCGACGCACGGGCUUCCCGGUCCGGAGAGCGUUCCAGGACUUCUGCUGCCGGUACAAGGUGCUGAUGCGGGAGGUGUUGACGCCGGAGGACCCCAGGGGGCGCUGUGUCCAGCUGCUGAACCACUACGACAGCAGCAGCGUGGAGUGGCAGAUGGGAAAGACCAAGGUGUUUCUCCGCGAGUCUCUGGAGCAUCGUCUGGAGAAGCAGAGGGAGGUGGAGGUGCUGAAAGCAGCCAUGAUCAUCCAGGCUCAUGUCAUGGGCUACAUGGCGAGGAAGCAGUACAGGAAGCUGCUGCAGUGCAUCGUGGUCAUUCAGAAGAACUACCGGGCUUUCUACUGGAGGAGGAGGUUCCUGCUCCUGCGCCGGGCUGCGCUCACCUUCCAGAAAUGCCUGAGAGGCCAGCUGGCUCGCCGGGCCUACAGCCAGCUGCUGGAGGAGAGGAGGAGGAGGAGGAGGGAGGAGGAGGAAGAGGAGGAGCGCCGCAAGAGGGUGGAGGAGGAGAUGGAGAGGGAGAAACUGAGGCUGGAGGCUGAGACACUGGCCAGAGAGGCUGAGGAGACCAGAAGGCUGGAGGAGACCAGAAGGCUGGAGGAGACCAAAAGGCUGGAGGAGACCAGAAGGCUGGAGGAGACCAGAAGGCUGGAGGAGACCAGUAGGCUUGAGGAGACCAGUAAGCUGGAGGAGACCAGUAGGCUGGAGGAGACCAGUAGGUUGGAGGAGACCAGAAGGCUGGAGGAGACCAGUAGGUUGGAGGAGACCAGAAGGCUGGAGGAGACCAGUAGGCUGGAGGAGACCAGUAGGCUUCUUGCUGAGGAGUUGGCCUCUCUGGUUUCUGCUCAGGCGGCGGGAACAUCACCAGACCCUCUAGAGGAGCUGGAGUCAGCCGAGACCUUUGAGGAGGCAAUUCGUCCCCAUGAAGCAACUCAGGUGGAGGAGAUCCUACGACUGGAGCGGGAGAUCCAAGCGCUGCAGCGGCAGAAGGAGCGCCAGGAGCUCUCCCUGACCGAGGCCUCCCUGAACCGCCUGCAGCUGCUUCGGGACCAGGAGCUCCGGCGGCUGGAGGACGAAGCCUGCAAGGCGGCGCAGCAGUUCCUAGACUCGCUGAACUUUGAUGAGAUCGACGAGUGUGUGAGGAACAUCGAGAGCUCCUUGGGAGUCAGCGAGGAGGACGAGAAGGAGAGGGACAGUGAACGGAGGAGAGGCGGCGAAGAAGAGGAGGUCGACGAAGGAUUUGAGGCCGAUGACGAGGCCUUUAAAGACUCUCCCAACCCGAGUGAGCACGGCCACUCAGACGGCCAACGGACCAGCGGGAUCCGAACAAGCGAUGACUCCUCAGAAGAAGACCCGUACGCCAAUGACGGCGUUGUCCCACCGCUGCCUCCGACCACUCCUCUUCACCAACCGCUGCCUUUACCGCCUGUGCCGCCAGCCUGCCACAGUGCAUCGGCUUCAUCCGAGGCUCAGUCCGAUGACCUGGUGGAGCUCAUACCGCCCAACGAGGAUUCAGACUACGACCAGGAUGACUACGAUGAGGGCGCCAUCGUGUCAAGUGGCAGCGUGGCGUUCUCCAACCCUCGCAGCGGGCAGUGGUCUCCUGACUACCGCGGCUCGGUUGGCACCUACAACAGCUCAGGGGCUUACCGCUUCAGCUCGGAGGGAGCGCAGUCAUCAUUUGAGGACAGCGAGGACGACUUCGACCGGUUCGACACAGACGACGAGCUGUCGUACCGACGGGACUCGGUCUACAGCUGCGUCACGCUCCCGUACUUCCACAGCUUCCUCUUCAUCAAAGGCGGUCUGAUGAACACGUGGAAGCGGCGCUGGUGCGUUCUGAAGGACGAGACCUUCCUGUGGUUUCGGGCCAAGCAGGAAGCUCUGAAGCAGGGCUGGCUGCACAAGAAGGGAGGGGGCUCGUCCACGCUGUCCCGCCGAAACUGGAAACGCCGCUGGUUCGUGCUGCGGCAGAGCAAGCUCAUGUACUUCGAGAACGAUGGCGAGGACAAGAUGAAGGGCGUGAUGGACAUGCACAAUGCCAAAGAAAUCAUUGAUAACACCGGUAAGGAGAAUGGAAUCGACAUCGUGAUGCCGGACAGGACGUACCACCUGAUCGCAGAGUCUGCCGAGGACGCCAGCCAGUGGUUCAGCGUGCUGAGUCAGGUCCACGGCGCCACAGAGCAGGAGAUCACAGAGAUGCACGACGAGCAGGCCAACCCCCAGAAUGCUGUGGGGACGUUGGAUGUGGGGAUGAUCGAUUCCGUUUGUGCGUCAGAUAAUCCAGAGAGGUCAAACUCCUUCGUCAUGAUCACAGCCAACCGCGUGCUGCACUGCAACGCCGACACGCCCGAGGAGAUGCACCACUGGAUCACACUGCUGCAGCGCUCCAAGGGAGACACCCGGGUGGACGGCCAGGAGUUCAUCAUCCGAGGCUGGUUGCACAAAGAGAUGAAGAACAGUACCAAAGCGUCGCUGAAACUGAAGAAGCGCUGGUUCCUGCUUACCCACAAUUCCCUGGACUACUAUAAGAGCUCUGAGCGCAACGCCCUGAAGCUGGGGACGCUGGUGCUGAACAGCCUCUGCUCCGUGGCUCAGCCGGACGAGAAGGUCUUCAAAGAGACUGGCUACUGGAGCGUGAUCGUGUACGGUCGCAAACACUCGUACCGUCUCUACUGCAAGCUGCUGAACGAGGCCACGCGCUGGGCCAACGCCAUCCAGAACGUCAUCGACACCAAAGCUCCCAUCGACACGCCCACGCAGCAGCUCAUCCAGGACAUCAAGGAGAACUGUCUGAACUCGGAGGUGGUGGAGCAGAUCUACAAGAGGAACCCCAUCCUUCGCUACAGCCACCACCCGCUGCACUCGCCUCUGCUGCCGCUGCCCUACGGAGACAUCCACGCCACCGCUCAGCGACACAGAAGCUACACGACGCUGCAGGAGGAAGCCCUCAAGGUGUUCAGCUCUCUGCAGCACCUGGAGGGCGUGGCCGACCCCGUGCCCAUCAUCCAGGGCAUUCUGCAGACGGGCCAGGAGCUCAAACAGCUGCGGGACGAGCUCUACUGUCAGCUGGUCAAGCAGACGACACGGGCGCCGCAGCCGGGAAGCACCGGGAACCUCUGCACCUGGAAGAUCCUGGCCUGCAUGUCCUGCACCUUCGUCCCGACCAGGAGCAUCCUCAGAUACCUCAAGUUCCACCUGAAGAGGACUCGAGAGCUCCUCCCCGGCUCGGAGAUGGAUCGCUACGCCGCCUUCGCCCUGGACUGCUUGAGAAGGACUCGAGCCCGGGAGAACGUCCCGUCGCAGGAGGAGAUCCGCUCCAUCGUGGCACGGCAGGACAUGAGCACCACCGUCCACUGCCACGGAGGAGGCUCCUGCAAGAUCACCAUCAACUCACACACCACGGCCGGAGAGGUGGUGGAGAAGCUGAUCCGAGGCCUGGCCAUGGAGGACAGCAGGAACAUGUUCGCUCUGUUCGAACACAACGACACCAUCGAGAAAGCCAUCGAGAGCCGCACUGUGGUGGCCGACGUCCUCGCCAAGUUUGAAAAGCGAUCAGCGAUUCCAGACGAACACAACACCGGCUGGAAGUUUUACUUCAAGCUCUACUGCUUCUUGGACUCAGACAAUGUUCCCAGAGACAGCGUGGAGUUCGCCUUCAUGUUCGAACAGGCCCAUGAAGCCGUCAUCCGUGGUCGGUAUCCGGCCCCUGAGGAGACUCUGCAGUUCCUGGCUGCCCUGAGGCUUCAGUACCUCCUGGCCGACCACAGCUCCCAGGCCAACGUCCCGGAGAUGUCCCAGGUGUUCCCCAUGGCACGAUUACGGACCCGGGUGCAGAACUCUGCCAAGACAUUCGCCCCAGGCACCGGCUCAGUGGCCGAGCGCUCGGGCACGACGGAGAGGAAACGCUCGAGCUUCCUGGAAGGAACACUGAGGCGGAGCUUCAGGAGCGGCUCCAUGAGUCGGCAAAAGCUGGAGGAGGAGAACAGCCUGGAGGCCUGGAUGAGGGAGGAGGCGGCGGCGGUGAGGACCAGCGUGAUGGACAAGUGGAAGAAACUGCAGGGGAUGAACCAGGAGCAGGCCAUGGUGAAAUACAUGUCGCUGGUGAAGGAGUGGCAGGGAUACGGAUCCACGCUGUUCAACGUCGAGUGUCGGGACGGAUCCUUCCCCUGCGACCUGUGGCUGGGCGUGAGCCGAGAGGCCAUAUCGGUGUACAAGCGAGGCGAGCCCUGGCCUCUGGAGGUUUUCCCUUAUGAACAGAUUCUCUCCUUCGGCGCCCCGCUGGCCAACUCAUACAAGAUCGCCGUGGAGGGCCGAGAGCUGGUCUUCGAAACCCUAAUGGUCAUGGACAUUGCCAAGCUGAUGAAGGCCUACAUCAGCAUGAUCGUCAAGAAGCGCUACAGCAACUGUCAGUCCGUCAGCAGCCACGGCAGCCACGGCAGCCAGUGCAGCGCCUGGUGAAGGCCGCACUUUCAAUCUGGACCUUCUGGCUGUGAGCCGCAGCGCCGCACACAGGCCGAGUGUGGACGCCCGUCCUCAGCUCUGGGGACAGAGCAGCUUGUACAUUUGACUCUGUGAAUGCUGGAGACAAACCCCAAUGCUCUUAACGUUAACUCGCUCAAAUGAUUGUUUUGACUGGUCACACUCCGAAACACCACAUCGGCACACACGCCAGAUCAUGACUGUCACAGAAGGACGGUUCGAAAUCAUUUCAAAAUGGAAGGAACAAGCGACCAAAGCCUUUGUUGGAGAUUUUCCCCGAUUUGCCAACAAGCAAACUGACCUGCAAGAAACAACUGGAAGUCACAGGUUAUCAAGUGCAGGCAAAACGCUCACAGCUCAAGAAGCGGUCAACAUGCAGAAGUUAAACUGGAAUCAAAACCAGCAGCUAUUCGAAUCAUGUGUAAACCUGCAGUGCAAAAAGGUUUUUGCACAAGUGAGUUUUUUGUUUUUCCUCUCUUUAUUCAAGUCUUUCAGUUUGAGAGCAGGACUCAUGGAUUUCACGUUGAGAUUUUCUAAAGCUUCCACUGCAAACCCUGCGCUUGCACUCAAAUAGCUCUGCUUGUGCUCAAACUGUGUAUUUGCACCCAGAUCCUUUGUUGCUUGGACAGAUCUCUUGCGCUCCAGCUUCAGCUCUUCGUGAAACAUCUGGUCUUGGAUUUCAUGUGCUCCCGCCCUCCACAGCUUUAUCAUUACACAGUCCUCCCAUCGCAAGAAAAGCUUACGCACCCACAACGAGGGCGGGGCAGUUCCAUUCCUCAUCGCCCCCCCCUGGCAUUCUGUUGGUCCUCCUGUUUGACAGACUUGUUGCACAAAUAAAUGCGAGAGCGGAGGAGAAAUCAGAGUAGACAUCUA